CUCGAGUCAUACCUCUCAGUCUCCGGCAGGUGUCACGCUGGACACUGCGAGGAAUGGAGUCGUGCAUGUUCUGCGUGGUCAGUCUCUGCCGAUGACAGUGUUUACCUGCCCUCCCACGGCCGGCGACGUCAAAACAAGUAAAGAACGCGCGCAGCUCCCAAGGACGCGUCCGAGCGCGUGUCCAGUGCGACUACCCUGGCCUGAUUGCGGUGGCGCCAACGGAGCGAGCGAGCGAUUAUCAGUCGUGCGACAGACUCGCUCACCGCUGGAUUAACCUUGCGUUUAUCCACUCAACACCUCCUCCUCCUCCUCCUCCGUCCUACCUCCAUCACCCCAUCAGGGAAUCCGUCCGAUACAGUCCUCAAUAAGUGGCAUUAGAUGAAAAUAAUAAUAAUACGUUUGCAGCGUUUAUACAUAUUCGUUUUGAUCUAACGGGGUGAUAACAUUAAAGCAAACUCUCCUCUGAGAUAUUGGUAAUCUCACUGUAGGGGCUUGAUGUGAAGAGAGCCGGCAUCUUCUGCGGCUCGACAGAGGGAGAGAGAGAGAGAGAGAGAGAGACUGGCAGUAUUCGAGCAGGAUUAAAUGCACCGUCAUCUGGAUCUUUUACCGUUGCAAAGGAGGCCCGAAUCAGCCUAGCGUGUAUUAUGCCAGUAACAGACCAGGCGUUUGUGACUCUGGCUACCAGUGAUGUGUAUGGGUUGGGAGCCUUGGUUCUUGGUCAUUCUCUUCGGCAUCAAAGAACAUCCAGGCAGCUGGUUAUUUUAAUAACACCACAAGUAUCCAGCAGCAUCAGGACUGUUCUGGACAGUGUUUUUGAUGAGGUCAUUGAGGUGAGUGGAUUAGACAGCGGUGACACAGCACAUUUGGCAUUGAUGAAACGACCAGACCUAGGAAUAACCUUCACCAAACUGCAGUGUUGGACUCUCAUUCAGUACUCCAAGUGCGUUUUCCUGGAUGCUGACACCCUUGUGCUAUGUAAUGUGGAUGAGCUCUUUGACAGAGAGGAGUUUUCUGCAGCACCAGACCCUGGAUGGCCUGACUGCUUCAACACUGGUGUGUUUGUCUUUAGGCCAUCAUUACAGACAUACGGCAGACUUUUGCAGUUUGCAGGGGUUCAUGGUAGCUUUGAUGGAGGAGACCAAGGACUGUUAAACUCAUUUUUUCAUAACUGGGCAGUAAAGGAUAUCGAUAAACAUCUGCCUUUCUUGUACAAUCUGAACACAAGUUCUACAUACACCUAUCUUCCUGCAUUCAGACAAUUUGGCCAUGAAGCAAAAAUUGUCCAUUUUCUUGGAGCAGUGAAACCUUGGAGUUAUAAAUAUAACCCACAAAGCAGAAAUGCUUAUCAGGAACUUGACUCACCAACUGGGCAUCAUGAUCCACAGUUUGUUAAUCUUUGGUGGGAAGUUUACAGUUCUUGCGUUGUGCCUGCAGUGAUGAAACACGAAGAAGUCAAGUUAUCAAAUUUUUCAAAGCAAAAGAAUCAAAAAGAAAUUACUGAAGAGAUAAAGACAGAGGAUUUGCCUUCCGUAACUGAAAAUUCACUUUCACCACGGCAGGCCUCUUCUCUAGUAGUGACACCAAUAGAAGAAAAUAAUGCAAAUGAAGAAGAGUCUUUGAAUUCACCUCAGACUUUUCCCAAGGAUAAGAUGGCGUCCUCUCCUGAACACCAUACCAAAUGGAUUGACGAAAAGCAGCUAAAUCUAGUCAAUUCUGUGUCCCAACUUUCCAUUGAAAUAAAGACAGAGUUAAGUGAUCCAGAAGAUAGGAAACGCUGGGAGGAAGGAAAGAUGGACUACAUGGGGAAAGAUUCUUUUGACAACAUUAAGAAGAAGCUGGACAGAUUUCUUGAACAAUAAAUUUAGGUGUUCACUUUGCUUCCUUUGUAAGACUGCUACCAUUAUAUGUCUUAAGGAAAUAACACCAUUGCAGGUGCAGUGUAUUUUGUUUGUUGGCAUCAAUUAGCAUUUUUUCAUUUUAACUGUACAGUCAUUGCAGGUAAAACAAUAUAUUAAAAAGAAUUUGGGGUUUAAGUAGCAGGUAAGUUAAAAAAAUCCUUUGACUCAAAGUGUGGUGUUGUUUGAGUUUGAAUGGCAUAAGAUAUGCUAAUAAUAGCCAAAAUCAAAGUGUAUUAGAAAUAUAUACAUAUUCAAGAUUUAUAUAGGAAGUAUCACUUAAUUGUCCAAAUCAUUUUUAAAGCCGAGUUGAGCAGGUAGUAAAACUGAGUGAAUUCUGUAAGGACUGUGUGCCUUCCAGUGUAAAAGAAGUGCCUUUAAGGAGGCUUGCCAUUCUUUAGUAAUGGUGCUUCACCUCAAUUUCAUUUUUUCUUUUUACAUA